GACCCGACGUUUCCAAACACGGAAGUAAGUGACGUUGGCGCGCUCGUUGAAAACAAACCCCGGGCAACCAAGGUGGUAAGAUUGGACUGUUAACGGCUGAAAAUGAAUAUAUAAUCCUUGUUUUAGUCGUUCAUUGUUACCAACUAUCCCUCAUGGAGUUAUCUCCGCUGAUAAAGAAAAUUGGUCACUCCUUGGUGGAGAUCAGAGUCCGAGCAUUGAAGAGCAUCAUGUGUAAGUUAGACCACUCCCUCCUCUCCGUUUCUGACCUGGUCCAGGAGAGAAUGCUCUUUGUUUACCUACUAGAGUGGUUCAAUUUCGCGGAGGUUCCAAUGCAAGAGGAGGUCCUGCAGCUGAUCAGUACCCUGUCCAAGCACCCUACUGCAGCCCAAAUGCUGAGAGAUGUCGGGGCAGUAGAGUUCCUCACCCAGCUCUCCCAAAACUUAGUGCCACGUUUAAGUGCCAUUAUUGAUGGCAUCUUCGACCUGCUGUUUCAACUUCCAGAGCUGCUUCCUGCUUAUCCAGUGCUUUAUUCUGAUGAACCCCAGCUACUGAACACUGCUACUACAGACGACUCUCCGGUGGUCGGGUAUUUCCAGACUAGCAGGCCAAGUCAUGUUGACAUUCCACCACAAAGGAUAGCAGUGAGUAACUCUGUUAAAUGCCUGAAGUUUUCUACGUUUCCAUGGUUGGCUUUGACCACAACAGACAGACACAUUCUGACAUCCAAUGAAAGUUCGCUAAGGAGUAACAACCACCACUUGGUGCGGACCACGUGUGAGCUUCUACGUGAUGUCAUCAUGCAGGAUUUCCCAGCUGAGAUCUUUCUCCAACGGCCCACUAUUGUGCAAAACCUACUCUCCCUGCUGCGGCUGAGUCCAGGUGAGAGUGACGCUGGCUACCUGAGAAUGCAGGCAGUGGCCUGUCUACACCAACUGUGUGUGGGGCUUAGAAGAAGACUACGCUUCCAUCAAGAUCCCAGCUUCUACUCAGCCAAACAAGACCCGGUGUCCCAGAACUCAUCCCUGUCCUACUCCCGGGAGAUGCGUGGCGUUGGGGCCCAGCCCUCCCUGGCCUCGUCCCCAGGCGGAGAGUGUUCCCCACGUCCUUCUGUGGUGGGGCGCACCGGACAGAGGCCCAGAGGAGAUGGACAGGAUGGGGACGCCGCCUCCGACAGCAGUGGUAGCUCUCAGAGGGCUACAGCAGCGGCCCUGGCCUCCGGACCGAACGCCCCCUCGCCUGUGAAUGCAGCCCAGCUGGAAAUGCCCGAUCUUGGGGUGGAGGACGUCCUCGCGCUGCAGCUCCAGCAGCUCAGCCUGGCCCAGUUCACUGUAGCCGCCAUGGAGCAUGCCGUACCGCUGCUCAGAACUGACGGUGUGCGCGUGUUCCUGGGUGCGUGUGAGCUACUGUGUGAGGCUGUGGUCCUGCUCAGAGACAGUGUGUGUGAGCUGGUCUGGGACGAUACUAGCAUGGUGGCGAUGGAGCUGAGAGAGAAGCUGCAGUUCUCCAUGGAGACUCUGGGUGACAUCAUGACCUAUCAUAAGAGCUGUUCCUCAGGCUGUCCUGAAAGCUCAUUGGUCCACCACAGACUGGCUUACAUGAGCACCGCCGUGUUGACCGUCAGACUGCUGCAGACCAUCCUGCCUCUGGAGAAGGCCAAUGAUCAUCUUCCGGAGAGUACGGUGGCUGCCAUCCUGCCGCUGUGUCUGGACCAGCCCUUCGGCUUAGCCUAUCCCGGCACGGUGGAGGCAGCUGUGGCCUACCUGGAGCAGGUGAAUCCUGAAGGCCACAAGCUCUGUAAGAGGGCCGGUCGCGCCGCUCUCUGGAUGGAGUCCACCUGUCUGUUUCUCAAGGAGACACAGCAACAGGGAGAGAAGAACUGGCUGGAACUGUUGGAACUGGCAGACCAAGCCACAGAUGGCCUUCCAUACCACCAACAUCUACCCCUCAUCAAGGAGUGCAUCAAGAUCUGCUCCCACCUGUGGAAGUUUGAACAGGCCAGUCCUCUGCUUCAGACAGACAGCCAGAAGGUUUUACUGAAGCUGCUGUCCCACCCACUCCUCCCAGUCAAGACAGAGACUUACACCUGCAUACUCAACAUAGUCAAGGAGUGUCUGGGGGUUCAAAACGUGGCCAACCCACUGUCAUCUGUCUGUAGUGGGGUUCACUUCCUCUUACACCCCAAAGUCCUCUAUGAGAUCAGUGUUUUUGGACUAUGGGACCCAAAUGGAGAGGUGAACUCUGCUGCCAAGGAUAUCCUGCUCUUUCUGCUGAAGGGCAGAUUAAUGAUGACACCAUCAACGUGGGACAGGUUGAACCAGGCGCUUUCCCCGGUCAUCCCUGUGUUGCAGAGUUACGCAGGCACAGAGGAUGCAUUGGGAAACUGUGUUCUGCUGAUAAGUGAUGUGUCAAACGAGGUGAGAGAUGGCGUACUUCCAAACACAACCAAAUUGAGAGCUGCACUCCGACUACUCUUUACUAAACAGCAGACGCUACGAGCUGCAGCAGUACAACACCUUUUACCCCAGCUGACCAAUGCCACAGCCAGACCCCCCCUGGACUCUGUCCUGGCCUGUCUCCCUUCCCUCUACUGUCUGACUAAGACACUGGACAUCACACUGGACAGCAGUGACAGGUCCUUCCUCAAGGUGGAGUCAGUGGAGAAGCUAUUCAGUAUCUUGACCUCUGACACCGUAGACUUGACCCUCAGGAGGUCAGCGGCAGAACAGCUGGGUGUCGUCCUACAGGAAACCGCAAUGCACCCAGUGCUGAAGAGUCUUGGUGUAACAGAUAAAGUGAUCUGCUACAUCACAGAGUGUAUCAACGGCAACAUGACGGGCAUGGACUGCCUGUUAGAGCCUAGCGUGUGUGUCCUGAGGAAGCUGGUGUACGCCGACCCUUCCCUGAGACACCGUCUGGCUGAGAACUCCACUCUCCUAAUCGCUCUGCUCAGAGCUUCAGUGCUUAUCAAGACCAAAAGAAGGGAUGUGAGUGAGGCAGCCUCGUUGAUGUGUCUCCUGCUUUUUGAUGAGAUUGCCUCCGUGGAAGUCUGGUCAGAGACAUCCGGCUCUGAGGUGGUUCUCACGCCCUUCUCACUCCCUGUGUCCGUCAUGCGAAGGUACAACCUGCCGUUCCAGUCGUCAUCGCACCACGCCGUGAGCCCCUACUGCAUCGUGCUCCCCCUGAACUCUGACCUACUGUCCCUGGUCCCUGCCAAGGAGGCGCUUCAGCUGGUCUGGAACACCGCAUGGCACUCUGGGAUGGAUAACCUCCUGGAGGAGUUCCGGGGGAUCCGCAGUGACGUCGCCGAUUUCCACAGUGAUCUGAGACUGUCCGAAACGCAGGUUCUGUCACUCCGAGCGACGCACCUCCCCACCGGCCUCCGGGACUGCAUCAAGGCCAUCGCCAUGGCAGCAGGCCACGCCUCUGUGAGCUCUGCCCUCUCCAGGCUUCGCCUCCACCUGCUGAUUGACAAGCUGGCACUCACCAGCACACACACACACAGCUGCCGGGACACGCUCCACUCCCUCCCCUGGCAGCCUGCCAUUGCAAGAUUUUUGCAGGUGCGUCCAGUGUGUCUGGAGGAUGAGAGGUUACUGGUGGACGUUGUAGCGUUCCUGAACAGCUACUUCAAACACAGUCACUCUGAGAUAGAGGACGAGGAUCUGCGAUGGAUACUAGAGCUUCUCCUCAAACAGGAGACCAGCUCUCUACUGGACUUGCUUCUAAUUGCUGAGUCGCAGACACACACUCCGAGUCAGGGAGAAACAGAGGAGCUGAGGGCCCAGAUCAGCCAGAGAUUACAGAGGCAACUGACAUGGUUCCUCAAGACUUUACUGCACCGCCUCACACAAACUACCGACAGGUUGUGCUCGGCAUUGGCGGGGCCCUUUGUGAGCCAGCUGGCAGUGCGCUUGCUCCAGUGCCUGCGGGUGUCCGAUGCCCCGCGCUUCUACGGCCUCCCCAGUCUAGAGAGGACUCUGCUGGGUAUGGUCAGCCUCACAGCCCAGCCCGGUUGGAGCUCCCACUGCCCCACCACAGAGCCCCGUUCUCUCUGCACCACGUACCUUAGUGGACUGCUGGAGGUGGUCUCGUCAUUCUAUGUGGAGUGGGGCGGUAACUCACUGUCCUUCAUGGGAAAAGGAGUCACCAAGAACGCUGUUGUCUGUCUGCUACACCUGUCCCAUGAGAUGAUGGCCCAAAACAAGGACAAGGAGUUCAUUUCCCAGUGGUCUUUGGGGCAGGAAGUGGGAUCUGAUGAGCAUAGUGGAUCUACGCUUGGUCUGGCCUGGCUAAUACCGCUGUGGGUAGACAGAGACCCAGAGGUGAGGUUUGCCAGCCUUGGUGUGGGCUCUGCCUUGACAACCGUGCCCAGUGGGUGCCAGGCUCUGAGUAGCAGUUGUCAGAAUAUAAGUGGAGGUCUGUGGGGAACUCUCCUUAACAUCUUCUUAGACCAGCAGGAAAGCAGCAUGGUCCGCCGAGAGGCAGUAUUCAUCCUCCAGAAUCUCCUGGUAAUGCCCAUGCCUUCCACCACAGGCCAGGCCAAUGACUCCACCUGGCAGAGUCCAUGUGUUCAUGAUGACUCCUCCGGUGUGUCUCUGGUUGGUCUUCCUGCCCUGCAGGCUCUUCUCUAUCACUGUCAGUUCUUCCAGCACGCGGCCCAAAUGGCCACGUCCUGCUACCGGGGCAGGUACGCCUUCGACCUGACGCCGUCCGCCAGAGACCCGGGCCUGCUGGACGACACCACUGAAGAUGCGGAUGACUCCCUGGGGCUGUGGAGGUCUUCUAACCCAGCCCCACAGAGCAGGGGCUCUGGAUCCCUGUCCACAUCCAGCACCCUGGUCUUACCUGGGGGUUCUGGGCAUCAGUCCCCCAUGCCCACCUCCUUCAGCGCCACUGGACCUGAUUCCCCCGCUGACCGACUGAUGGCUCAAGGUCAGAGUGGUACAGACACCAGUGGCUCUGUCCUGUCCCUGGACUCCAGACUAGGCAACGUCGCUCCAAACCCCUCCUGUGUUAUCGUGACCCCUGACCUUUUAUCGGCCGUUUGUGGCCUCCUGUCUAACCUCUUAGCCGUGCUGCCAGAGUUCACCCUAUCGGCUCUCGGACACAGCCAGCUUCUCCAAUCGUUAGCAAGUGUCGUGGAUGCGGUAGCCAUAGAGCGAUGUCUGGGGGAGCUGAAGACCCCUACCACUUUACCUGAGCACCAGGAGGAUAUUAAAAGCCAGGUCCUCACCUUGCUUCAGUUACUGUCAAGCUUCUCCAAGUUCCUGCAGUCAUGUGUCACGCUAAGCUCCGAUCUGAUUGGUCAGAUGGAAUUUCUGAAACUGCUGCUGGCCAAUCUCUUCACUAUUCUCACACUUGACACCAAAGACUUGGAUGGCGGCGUCCGCGGCACAGUGUGUGCGUGCUGGGCCGACGUGUUGACGCUCCUGGCUACUCUGGUGAGGAGGGACAGCUCUGCAGCCUACCCGUCUGUCUGUGCAGCGCUGGUGAGACGCUGGAAACCGUUCACAGUCACGUUGAGCGCGUGCGUGGGCGUGUCGUGCACUGACCCCAACCUCCACAUGACGGCACUACGAUUCCUGUGUGUCGUCCUGUCUGAGGAGGCUAAGAGUCGCCGCAUAGAGGUCACCAUCCUGACCUCUGACCCUCAGCUGACCCCUCUGUCCGAGGUCCUGAAUGGGGCUUCAGGUGAACAGCUCUGUGAACUACUGCUGCAGAGUUUUGAGAAGCGUUCCUUCCAGGACCCGGUGAAGAAGAUGACAGCUAAAGCCCUGGCGGCUCUCCUAGCCUGCAGCCCAUCUGCUCAGAGCCACGCUGCAAAAGCUGGUUUGAUUGACAGCAGUGUGGAGCAGAUGAAGCAGAUCCACAGUCACCUCCACAUGGAGUCAGUCCGGCCCGGCAGGGGGAGAAGGAAGGAGGAGAGCUACAUGAAGGAGCUUAAGAUGUGUCUGGAAAUCCUCAGGAACUGUCUUUACCUCAACAGCCAAUCCAAAGCUGUGGCCAGUGACUGUCGAUUGGCUGCUGUGCUCCAUGCCCUUUGGCCCUGGUUCUUAUUGGAUGACGGGGCUAUGGAGGCAGUGCUGGAAUUACUGUGCGUCUACACAGCCAACUGUACCACAGCCUGUAGCGCUGUGUGUUAUGCUGUGGCCCCUGGCUUGGCCUCUGGUCCCCGAGGGCCCCCAGGUGGUUCCCUGAUGCAGUGCGUCAUGAAGUUGGCCUCUGUUGUUGCCCCUGACAACAGCCCCAUCCAGCAGCUAGCCUUUUCCCUGUUGGCCAACCUGGCCAUUAACAAGGACUGUAAGGGAGUUCUGCAGAAGAGUAACUUCCUGCAGCCCUUGGUCUCCCUGCCGGUCCCCAAGCCAGGUAGUAAGACGGGCCAUGGUCCCAGGGCUGUGGGGAUGCCUUGGCUGAGGCUGGUUCUGAGUAUGUCCUUUGGGGAGGACGGCCGGCUGAGUAUCCUGAGGCUGACCGGAGCCCUGGACCUCCUUGCCGACCUGGCCGCCACGCAUCGUCACCGCCACCACCGCCAUGUCACGGCGGCGGACAACGCCCUCCUUAUCCUCCACAACGUCUGCUUCAGCUCCGCUAACAAGCCCAAAGUGCUGGCCAAUGAUAAGGUUAUGAAGGUACUGGUGUCCUGUCUGGAGAGUAAAGAGGCUGAAGUCUGUGCUUUAGGAGCCUCAGCACUAUGGGCCCUGCUCCACAACUACCAAAAGGCGAAGACCACUCUCAAGUGUCCCUCUGUCAGAGUCAGGGUGGAUGAAGCUUACACAGCCGCUAAGAAAGAUGCAAAGAAGCCUGACGUGACGAAGGCCUACCUUCUGAAGUGUCUGGAGAACUUAACUCAGCUGCUGAACAACUGACAAGCACAUUAAUGAUGUUACUGAAUGUAGACAACUUAAAACAUUAUUUAUAUUUCAUGUGAAUAUUUGUGUGCAAACUUGAUAGACUUAAUAUUGUUUUUAAUCUGGCCCUAUUUUUUCCAGUCUGAUCAGAACCUUUUAUGAGUGAUUUUAGUUUUGUUGGUUAUGUACAUGUUGUUUACUAUUGAAUUGUAAAUAAAAGUAAAUAGGUUUGGAUUCAUAAAGGUGGUGGACUUUUUAUGUUUUGAAGUUCUUUAAGAAAGUGCGUUAUUUAUGUCUAUUGAUUGAUUCUGAAUCUGAUGCAUCAUGUGGAGCAUUAACAAACCUCCACAAUGUAUCCUAGAAUACGUAUUAUCAUUUCCUUUCUGUGAUGCCUGUGUAGGAAGUCCUGUCAUUGUCACAAAGAACCUAAGCUGGAACUGGAAACAGGAGAUAAGGGGUCAAACUUGCGGUUUCAAUGCCAAUACCAUGUUUCACUUGAAAGACAAUUGGGACCGCUGGUAAAUGUGUUAAAAGUGACAUUUGACCCUAAUGAGGAUGAUGUACUUGUUUUUUUUCAUGUGCCUUUUUGGGGUCCUUUAUAAAACCACUUCUAGAUUCACAGAACAUGAGCAGGGAAAUUUUGCAAUCAGUUAAUAGUACAGCACAAAAUGGCAAAUAGCUUUAUCAGUAGUCAGUUAUGUACAAGGUGUAGAAUAUAUAGGAAAAUAUGUGAACAUUUGAUGUUUCUUUUGGAACAUUGUAAAGAUGCAGAGCAUCAUGUUUGGUUUUGUCUACUUUAGGUUUCUGUAACGUCGUGUUUCUCUGAGUCGUCAUCUACAAAAUGCAUCUAAUUCUACAGCUUUGCUUUUGUAUUUGUGCACUCAAAUCAGAUCUGUUCUUAUCAUUGGGAAUACAUUUCUGCUUGCUUAUGGUCUAUAAACCUGUGAACUGACCAGCUAUUGCACUGAGUAUAGGUUAAAGAUAAAGUUGAAUGAAUCCUGCACAAUGUUUUUAAGUAUGUAUAAAAUAAUGUAUAAAAGAA